AUGACUGCCCCUUCUACAAUCAAGCAGCGCUUCCUGUCUAAGCCAAACGACCUAGGUGUCGUAGCAGUCGGCUUCUCUGGUGGCCAGUGCAAAGCAGGUGUUGAAGCGGCGCCGAUGGCCUUGAUCGAAUCUGGCCUCCUUGAUCAACUCCACGAAGACCUCACUUACAACGUCCACUACGACAACACCGUUCACGACUACGCGGACCUCAUGCCUGCCGAAGAUCCGGAUCACAGAGGCAUGAAGAAGCCUCGCGCCGUGAGCGCAGUUACUCAGAAGCUUAGUGAACAAGUCUACGAACAUGCGAAACAAGGAAAGAUGGUCCUGACACUUGGUGGAGAUCAUUCGAUCGCUAUCGGCACAAUCUCUGGUACCGCCAGGGCUAUCCGUGAGCGAUUGGGUCGCGAAAUCGCAGUCAUCUGGGUCGAUGCUCAUGCCGAUAUCAAUAUUCCCGAGGAGAGCCCCAGCGGUAACAUCCAUGGCAUGCCCGUGGCGUUCCUUACGGGACUUGCCAAGGAGGAGAAGAAGGACAUCUUCGGCUGGCUCGAGAAGGAUCAGAUGUUGAAUUUGAAUAAGUUGGUAUAUAUUGGAUUGCGCGAUGUUGAUCGCGGGGAGAAGAAGAUCCUUCGUGAGCAUGGUAUCAAGGCUUUCAGCAUGCACGACAUUGAUAGACAUGGUAUCGGCCGCGUCGUCGAAAUGGCUCUUGCACACAUUGGCAAUGAUACGCCCAUCCACCUGUCCUUUGACGUCGAUGCUCUCGACCCACAAUGGGCUCCUAGCACCGGCACUCCAGUUCGCGGAGGUCUUACUCUUCGGGAGGGCGACUUUAUCUGUGAAUGUGUUCAUGAGACCGGAAACCUGGUUGCGAUGGACCUCGUGGAGGUCAACCCCAGCCUGGAAGAAACUGGGGCUGGCGAUACUAUCCGCACGGGUUGCUCGCUCGUUCGCAGUGCUCUAGGUGAUACCCUGCUUUAG